AUGAAGACCUCUGCCUCCAAUAUGUCAGCACAUAUGGAUAUCAAAAGUCGGGACCGGGAGUAUACCCAAAUGCAAAUGACCAACUCUACACCUUUGUAUUUUGCAACAGACUCAAGGGUUCACAAUAUAGAAUGCGUGAAAGCGCUUGUACCAAUUGCCAAUUCCACCAUCAUAGAACAAAUGGAGGAAGCUAUUGACAAGUACACAGUUGUACAACUAUCAAGAAAAGCCUUCUUUGUAAUUUGGGCAGUCCCCCCUAAAGGUGGUGUCCAAUGUCCAGCAGGUUUCAAAGGACGACCAAAGUUUUGGACUGCUCACAAGUUGGAAGUUGAAACAUGCACAGGCGACAGAUCCAGGGUAGUGCUUAUCUGUUCUUGCGGUUUUGGACAUCAGUAUGGUAUUCCCUGUAGGCACUUGUUAGCCGUGGAAGGGAAGUACGACAUCAACGAUUUUGCUUGUUGCUGGAGGUCAGAUUAUGUCUUCUAUGCAUACAAAGAGGGACAUGAGGCCAUCACCCAAAGUUUUGAUGAGCUGCAAAAGAGGGAACAUUUUGGGAUAGUGGUGAAGACGCUAUCUUUGUUGGACAAUAUCUUAAGCACAGACCGAACUACUAUCUUUCCCUCUGUAUUUACAAAGGCAACAUGUUGCAAAUCAUAG